CCCCGCCCCCGGCCCGCCCCAAAGCGGGCUAUAAGUUAACGCCGCGAGCGCGGCCCCCGCAGUGCCCGCCGCCCCUGGUCCGCACUUGGAGGGUCCCGCUGCCAGUGGAAGGAGCCACCGCCACCGCCACCGCCACCGCCUGACCAUGGCCGAGGAUCUGGACCUGGAGAGAUGUGACCUGGAGCUGGAGGCAAACGGCCGUGACCACCACACGGCUGACCUGUGCCGGGAGAGGUUGGUGGUGCGUCGGGGCCAGCCCUUCUGGCUGACACUGCACUUCAAGGGCCGCAGCUACGAGGCCAGUGUGGACAGUCUCACCUUCAGUGUCGCAACCGGACCAGCCCCCAGCGAAGAGGCUGGAACCAAGGCCCGCUUCCCUCUGCGUGAUGCUGUGGAGGAGGGUACCUGGACGGCCACCAUGGUGGACCAACAGGACGGUGUCCUCUCGCUGCAGCUCAGCACCCCAGCCCACGCCCCCAUUGGCCUAUACCGCCUCAGCCUGGAGGCCUCCACCGGCUACCAGGGCUCCAGCUUCGUGCUGGGCCACUUCACCCUACUCUUCAACAGCUGGUGCCCAGCGGAUGCUGUGUACCUGGAUUCAGAAGAGGAGCGGGAGGAGUACGUCCUCACCCAGCACGGCUUUAUCUACCAGGGCUCAGCCAAGUUUAUCAAGAGCGUACCUUGGAACUUUGGGCAGUUUGAAGACGGGAUUCUGGACAUCUGCCUGAUGCUUUUGGAUAUCAACCCCAAGUUCCUGAAAAACGCCAGCCGCGACUGCUCCCGCCGCAGCAGCCCGAUCUAUGUGGGCCGGGUGGUGAGCGGCAUGGUCAACUGCAAUGAUGACCAGGGUGUGCUGCUGGGACGCUGGGACAACAACUACGGGGACGGUGUCAGCCCUAUGUUCUGGAUCGGUAGCGUGGACAUCCUGAGGCGCUGGAAGAAGUACAGCUGCCAGCGUGUCAAGUACGGCCAGUGCUGGGUCUUCGCCGCCGUGGCCUGCACAGUGCUGCGGUGCCUCGGCAUCCCUACCCGUGUGGUGACCAAUUAUAACUCGGCCCAUGACCAGAACAGCAACCUGCUCAUCGAGUACUUCCGCAAUGAGUUUGGGGAGAUCCAGGGUGACAAGAGUGAGAUGAUCUGGAACUUCCACUGCUGGGUGGAGUCGUGGAUGACCAGGCCAGACCUGCAGCCAGGGUACGAGGGGUGGCAGGCCCUUGACCCAACGCCCCAGGAGAAGAGCGAAGGGACAUACUGCUGUGGCCCGGUUCCAGUACGUGCCAUCAAAGAGGGUGACCUCAGCACCAAGUACGACGCACCUUUUGUCUUUGCCGAGGUCAACGCUGAUGUGGUGGACUGGAUCCAGCAGGAUGACGGGUCCAUGCACAAAUCCGUCAACCAUUCCCUGGUUGUGGGGCUGAAGAUCAGCACUAAGAGCGUGGGCCGCGAUGAUCGGGAGGACAUCACCCACACCUACAAAUACCCAGAGGGGUCCCCAGAGGAGAGGGAAGCCUUCACGAAGGCCAACCACCUGAACAAACUGGCUGAGAAGGAGGAGACGGGGGUGGCCAUGCGGAUCCGCGUGGGCCAGAGCAUGAACAUCGGCAGUGACUUUGACGUCUUUGCCCACAUCACCAACAACACCGCUGAGGAUCGUGCCUGCCGCCUCCUGCUCUGUGCCCGCACUGUGAGCUACAAUGGGGUCCUGGGGCCUGAGUGUGGCACCAAGGACUUGCUCAAUCUUUCCCUGGAGCCCUUCUCUGAGAAGAGCAUUCCUCUUCGCAUCCUCUAUGAGAAGUACUGUGACUGCCUGACGGAGUCGAACCUCAUCAAGGUGCGGGGCCUCCUCGUUGAGCCAGCUGCCAACAAUUACCUGCUGGCCGAGAGGGACCUCUACCUGGAAAAUCCAGAAAUCAAGAUCCGGAUUCUGGGAGAACCCAAGCAGAACCGCAAGCUGGUGGCCGAGGUGUCCCUGCGGAACCCACUCACUAUGUCCAUAUCAGGCUGCACCUUCACUGUGGAGGGGGCUGGCCUGACUGAGGAGCAGAAGGUGGUGGAGAUCCCAGACCCCGUGGAGGCAGGGGAGGAAAUCAAGGUGAGGGUAAACCUGCUGCCGCUCCACGUGGGCCGACAUAAGCUGGUGGUGAACUUCGAGAGCGACAAGCUGAAGGCCGUGAAGGGCUAUCGGAGUGUCAUCAUUGGCCCCUAAUAGCCUCCCGUGCUCAGCCCCACCUAAGCCUGUUGACAGCCCCCAAUUUGACCCCCAUCUUUAUCCCAAGCCCAUGAGCAAGAUUUGCCCCUUCUUGGGCCUCAGACCCCAGGGCAGCGGUGGGCUGCUCAUGGGAGCUCUUGGAACGGUGUGUACUUCUGGCCUAUUUUGUCCCCCUAAACCUAGCUCCCCACCCAGCCUCUUAGCUGUGAGGAAUGUUCUGUGUGACCACAGUGGGAGCCUUGCCCUUGGCUGACUGGGGCUGGGGUGAGAGAGGAGGGACUUACACCCUCUUAUCCAGCUCAGAUGCCAUUUGGAAAGCCAGUGACCACCCUCCAUAUUGUUUGAUCCACUCCAUGGUCCCUUGCAGCAGGCCAAAAAGGGAUAGUGUGCCUGUCAGCUGGAUUGAGGAAUUCAGCUCCCUAGGGUGUGUCCAGUACUCUUUCCCUGUGUAUACCCAGGUCCCAGCAGCCCUUGGGAGAGCCAGAGCCUGGUGGGGAUGGGGAAUAUAGGCCAGGUCCAAGCUCCCCUGUACACCCCAGCAGCCCUGGCCCGAUAAUGCCCACCCACCUCACCACCUUGAGCCACUACUAUGUGCCUGGCGCCUUCUACACUCAUUGGUGCUCAUAGGGCCACCAACCCAUUUAAUUGCCAUGGGAAACUGCAGACUGAGAGCUGCUUUCUGGAUGAGGAGAAAGUCUUGGAGAGGGGAGGCAGCCCACUCCAUACCAGUGACUUGUGGUUAUUUGUAAGGCUGGGUAACAUGAAGGACUUGGAAUAGAGCCCAGACUUUCUGACUCUGAGUCCAAUGCUCUGCUUAUGACACCAGCCCUGACCUGAGAAUGUCAGAGAGGCCAUUUGGGACCUGAUCCAAAAAGGCCCAGUUGGGGUGAGGUGGUGGGUAGGGGAUUGAGGGGCUGGGGGCCAGAGCCCAGGGUUCAAGCCCCAAGUCUGGCCAGGCACUGCCUACCCCUCUCUGGGCCUUGGUUUCCUCACUGGUCAGAAGAUUGAGCCGGCUUGUGUCUAAGGUCCUCUGAGCUCUGUGCUUCUGAUGCUUUAUACAGCCAAGCCUUGUAAAUAACCACAAGGUCCACUCCCUGCUCCACAAAGCCUUAGGCCACAGGCACAGGAUGUUUCUGAGAGUGAAACCAUCACCAAGACCACCUGCUGCCAGCCAUGUUCCGGAAACUGUGCCCAGGUACCUCCCUUCAGAACCCAGUUCUAGUGGAGAAGAGCCCUGGAUGCCCCUGUCCUACCCAUAAGUCUGCCCACCGCCAUGCCUAGACUUCACAAGAGCCUUAGCUGCUGUGCUGGUCACUCACCAACAAGGUCAGAACCACGAUACCCCUUUCUGCAGGGCCCGGGUCUCUGAACACACCUCCUGCCCCUGAGUAAGCUUGGGGAGCCUGUUGAGUCGUCAUCUCUGAAUGUUAUCCCCUGCUCUCUCUGCAUGACUGGACCUCCCUCAGGCUAAAAGGGGGGGGAUUCUCUCUACCGGGAGUGAGAUCACAGCCUCUAGGGCCUCCAAAAUCCCAGCUAGGGGCUUGGGGAAAACCUUGCUGACACAUUUAGAACUUUCUGCUUUGCACAGGGAAGAACCACAAAGUAAGCUGACAUGAAUAUGUUCUAUAUAAAUACGGCUUUAUUUCUCUAUAGUUUUAUAAAAGCUUUCAGGUUCUAAGCAGGCAGUAGAUGUGCUUUUGAACCACAAGGAGCAAGCACUGAAAUAAAAGAGUUUAUUUUUCACAUUCAAACAA